AUAUCUUACUAAACUUACAGAUCAUCAAAUUUGCUUAAUAAGUGAAAAUGAUUUAGAAAGCUUUGAUUGGAUCGUUGAAGAUGAUUCAGAUGAAGAGGCUGAAGGAAGUAGUGUUGUUGAGUUUAAAGUCUUAAAAACUUACCUACCAUCUGAAAUCAUGCGUGAAAUAAAUGUCGAUAAUGCGGAUUGCCCAUUACCAUUUAUUAUUGAGUCAACUUUAUAUCAAGCAUUUGUUAUAGUGAAAAAG